UGCGUAGCAGCGGUGGGCGUGGCUAAGGGCUAGCCGGAGACAGCGAGGAGUGGUCGGAACCUUCUUCCCCAUCCUUGCCUUCCCCUUCCCCUACGGGGAAAGGCUGAGACCCGGCACCCGGGGUGCUACGCGGCCGCCGUGGCCUCAGCUGCAGUUCGGAGAAGCCAGGCCGCGUCCCAGGUGAGCGUUCCUGAUUGUGACAUCACACCCACCUCUGGGCCAUGAAACUUGUCACUAGGAAGAAAGACUCAGUUGGAGAAUAGCCAACAAGAUGGGAUACUUGGAGCAUCUCCUGAGUGGCACUGAGUGGAGGCAUCAGGGGGUUGGAACCUUGUGAACAGGGAACCUGCCCCCACCACUUAGAAGGUAAAGAGCCUUGGUUGGACUCUCACCCCAUCUCUUUGCCUGGUCGCGGUCCCUUCUGACCUUGAAGAUCUGCUGCCCUGAAGCUUCCUGUUUAUGGCUCUGUCUUGUUGGUUGUCUGGGUCUAUAUCGCUUCAGCCAGUAAACUAGAAGAAGUCUUGGGGCUGAGGAAAUGGCUUAGUCUAUAAAGGCGCCUACCACCAAGCCUGACUACCUGAGUUCAAUCCCAGGAUCCACAAGGACCUGGGUUUCGGUGAUGAGACAUGGGGUAUGAUGUAACCCGUUUCCAGGGGGACGUUGACGAGGACCUUAUCUGCCCUAUUUGCAGUGGAGUCUUGGAGGAACCAGUACAGGCGCCUCAUUGUGAGCAUGCCUUCUGCAACGCCUGCAUCACCCAAUGGUUCUCUCAGCAGCAGACGUGUCCAGUAGACCGUAGCGUUGUCACGGUUGCCCACCUGCGCCCAGUACCUCGGAUCAUGCGGAACAUGUUGUCAAAGCUACAGAUUGCCUGUGACAACGCUGUGUUUGGCUGCAGUGCUGUUGUCAGGCUUGACAACCUCAUGUCCCACCUCAGUGACUGUGAGCACAACCCGAAGCGGCCUGUGACCUGUGAGCAGGGCUGUGGCCUGGAGAUGCCCAAAGAUGAACUGCCAAACCACAAUUGCAUUAAGCACCUGCGCUCCGUGGUCCAGCAGCAGCAAACUCGCAUCGCGGAGCUGGAGAAGACAUCUGCUGAACACAAGCACCAGCUGGCAGAACAGAAGCGAGACAUUCAGCUGCUGAAGGCGUAUAUGCGAGCCAUCCGCAGUGUCAACCCCAACCUUCAGAACCUGGAGGAGACAAUCGAGUACAAUGAGAUCCUGGAGUGGGUGAACUCCCUACAGCCGGCAAGAGUGACCCGCUGGGGAGGCAUGAUCUCCACUCCUGACGCUGUGCUCCAGGCUGUAAUCAAGCGUUCCCUCGUGGAAAGUGGCUGUCCAGCCUCUAUCGUCAACGAGCUGAUUGAAAAUGCCCAUGAACGCAGCUGGCCCCAGGGUCUGGCCACACUAGAGACAAGACAGAUGAACCGGCGUUACUAUGAGAACUACGUGGCCAAGCGCAUUCCUGGCAAGCAGGCUGUAGUGGUGAUGGCCUGUGAGAACCAACACAUGGGGGAUGACAUGGUGCAGGAGCCAGGGCUCGUCAUGAUAUUUGCGCAUGGUGUGGAGGAGAUAUAAGAGUGUAACUGGCUAUCAGGAAGAGGUAGAGUUGGAUAACCCAUUACUCCAGCAGCUGAGCCCUGACUUCUCCCACAGCCCUUACGCAGCGGCUUGUGCCUGAGCCACGUACUCCCUGCUUCUGGCACGAAGGACCUUGGGGCACUUAGCUCAGCCUUUCAGCGGAGAACCCAAAUUCCUGCCUUUUGCUAUAUACUUUCCCCCACAAUGUCUGUAAAUUUUCAGUCAGGGUGGAGAAAUCCCCACUUUUGUAUUUUCCUGACUAAGAUCCCUUGUUCCUAUCCCUGGUUCCCAAAUAUUUUCAGAAAGCACAAAGAAAUUUGUUUUCCCUAGAGGAUCAGGGUGGAGUGAGGCAUUUCUAAUUGUCCCUCUCUUCCCAAACCAGGGAAUCCCAGUAGAUAGGCUUGCUGACUUCAUGCAGCAUUGAGAGAGCAGCUCUGAGGAGCCAACAUCCCGCAGAAGGGCUAAAGGUGUGGCCAAAACCCUCGAACAAGUGAGGCCAGGACCUGCUCCUCACUCACAGUCCUUGGGGAAGAUAUUUGUGCUGAGCAUAUCCCUGUCCAGGCCCCCUGUGAAGGUGCAGGCCUUGUUGGGUGUACAGGGUGGCCCCCUGUGAGGGUGUGCAGGGUGGGUUGCUGAAAUGUCGAUGAACUCUUUCCUACAUGUUUCAUAAUUAGGGAAGGGGAAGAAGGGGUAGGCGUGAGAGUACUGGUGUUCGUGUGCUCAGCAGGAAGCUGCUGUCUGGCUCUGCUGAUCCAGGAUAGCACUGCCUCUUAAGGAGUGUCUAUGUUGCCUCGGUAGGCCCCUCUUCAGCCUCGUGAUUGCAGUUAGCUUGAUUUCCUUUGGUGUUGUUUGUUUAUAUUUCUGAGUCACAAACUCCAUCUGUUACCCAGUCUUGUUUUCAUAGGAUGGACUGUGUCUAUCCUCUGAUCCAGCCCAGCCACAUUGUUGGCAAUUUAAUUUAUUUACUUUUUUUUUUUAAGAAAGGAGAAAAGAAAAAAAAUCAACAAAACUUAAAACCUUUCUUUUGCUGUUCCUAUUGUGGGAUUUCAGGUAGGGUGGGACUGGGUAAGGUCUGUUUCAUACGUUUCCUUUCCAGCGUGAGCUUUGGUCUGAUACCUGCUCUGACCCUCCCCUCCAUCACCCUGUCUGAGCAGGAGCUUUGGCUGUGGCAAUCCGGCAUCAAUGCCUGUGCCCCAUGAAGAAAUUUGCUCCCCGCUCUGCUCCGUCAGGUCUCCUUGUGAAACCCUAGAAUGAAUCGGCACAUGCAUUUCCAUGUUCCUGAGGAAACUUCCUGUUUAUCUGGGUUCUCACCUUCACCAGCCAAAUGGGAUACAAAUUAGAUAUGUCUCCAAUCUGAAUAGCGUGCCUAGCUCACGUCCACCUGAGUACUUUGGGCCCAUUCAAGGCUCUCUGGCUCAUUGCUACGUUCCCUGUGGGGCCAGUAGAGUGAGCAAGGAGAAAUAGUGGUGUGAUUACUUUAAAAGCACUGAUGGGAAUGUGAUUGGAGAGGUCACUGUGCACUAGCUUCUCUCUGGGAGUUGCGCUCCAGGCUAGCCUGCUGUUGGUCUCGGUAGUGAGUCGUGGCUUCUUUGGGAUUAGGACAGAAGGACAGAGCCUGAGGAGUGUUCCAGCCCCAGGCCACCAUGCUCAGGAGUUUGGAAAAGGCCGCUGUACUUAUUCAGGUUAUUGCAUUUCUUCUUCCUCUUUGCCCCGCCUGCCUUGCCCAAGCCCAUACUGUCCCUUCCGUCCUGAGAUGAUUGAUGGAGGAGGCUGAAGCUUUCAUGCCCUUUGCACUGGUGUCUGCAGCUCUCUGGUUGUGCUGUGUGCUCUACGUGGUGUUCACUGCACUAAUAAAUCUCUCACUCAACUCUAAA